GGUAGAUUACUCUGAUCCAUUACAGUAAGAGAAUGGGCGACAGAGGUUGGAGGUGGACUGAUGCUCAUUUUUGCAGCCUCCCCUCGCAGACUAAUGUUUAUGGAUUGACAAGAAUAACAGACAGUGAAGGAAAUAACAAGUUAUUAGUUGCAUCUCUUGAUGGGAAGGUCAUUGCAGUCGAAUAUCAGACAUUCAAUAACAGGCUGACGCCAUGCACCAAGGAGAUUCAGUUCACCUACAUUCCAGGUGAUGCUGAAAUAGUGUCUGUUGAUGUCCUGCGAAGAUGUCAAGGAAACAAUGGAAUCAUUGUAGGCAUUACCUUUUUAAAGCUGCAAGAGGAUGAGAAGGAAUGUAAGCCAGCCUCUCAGUUCCUCAACCUGUACUCAGCCAGUGAAGUCGGGGACGAGGCCAACUUGGAUAUUGUUGCUCAGGGAUGUUUGAGCUUAGAACUGAAUUUCAUUCCCUACCAGCUUUUACAUACUGAACUUCUUGAUGACGAUUCUAAAGAAAUGGUAUUUCUACUCAGUGGAGGAGACAAUAAGAUCCACAUGUAUCGAGAGUCUUUCAAGUCACAUGGAUUUCAAGAAACACCAUCUGAGGAAUUCUUUCCAGAGUUUAAUAAUAUUCCAAGCAGUGUACUGCAGCUGAGUAUUAGUUAUCUGGACAACUACAAGAGACGGCUCACUGUGAUGGGACAUCAGAAUGGCCUUGUCCAAGUAGCUUAUGUCAAUGUUACAGCCAAAGAGGUACUUAUUUCCUGGUCAACAGAGCAUGACAGCCCCAUCACCAGUAUCAGGCUCUUCACAGCCAAGAACCACGUCGCCUGUCCUUCCUUCCUCGACUUCUUCAAUGAAGAAAGUGCGCGUGAAGAAGAAGAACAGUUGGCCAACUACAACCUGUUGGUUACCAGUGCUCUUGAGCCUGCAGUAGUGUACAGGAAUGUCCUGAUCACUGGCUUUGAAGACAUCUUGUCACUCCCCAACAGUGAGAAGUUUGACAGCACACUUUGUUCUUGUGUAGUGGACAUAGACUUCGACGGGGAGAACGAGCUGCUUGUAGGAACAUAUGGACAGGAACUUCUAGCAUACAAGUAUUUUGAAGAAAACCAGCACUUUGACACUGACAGAAAAUACAGCCUAUCAGAUAUCACCAUUAAGGCUGGAAGCAGCCAAUCAAAUACUCCGUCACAUACAUCAUCCACACCAGAGAGGACUCUGAACCAAUUAGAGGAGUUAAACAAACAGAGGCACAGAUCGGAUGAAUCUAACUCCCAAGCUACCAGUGUGAAGGAUGCUCAGCCAACCAGGAAGGCAAAGUCGCAGGAGGAUCUGUUUGUGUCUGGGCAUGGUGUGAAGGAAGAACAGGUUCAACUGGAAGAAGACGUCCAGCCUCCAUUUAACCCUGCAGGUUUUCAGUUACUUUGGCAACGGAGUUUUCCAGGGCCUGUGGUUGGGUUGGAUAGACUGGACAUCAUGGGGGACGGCAUGGAUGACCUUGUAGUGGUCACUCUGAAGGGGAUGCAUAUACUGCAGCCCGAUCUAGGGGAAGUGGCGGAGGUGUGUCGAGAACGACUGCGUGGCUUGUGUGACUCCAGCUCCGAGCCUGAUGAUGCCUACCACAAUCUACAAAAGGAGACUUUCGGAAGGUGACAGUGACUACCAGGGAGAUGUCAACAAGUUUCCGUUUUCAAUUAACAAUUUGUAAAUACAUCACCAAACGUCAAAUCUAAGGCAUUGUAUGUGCGUUCCUUGCCAAGCACAAUGCUAUACUGAUAAGUUAGGAUCAUUCUAGUCAUGUUUGUGUUAUGUCUGAGACAAGUAGAAAGGGUUUCUAUCAUGUAAAUAUGUAUAUAUGUAGAAUCAUGUAAAUAUGUAUACAUGUAAAAUCAUGUGAAUAUGUGCUUAUGUGCUUAUGUAGAGAAAAAUGUGAUCAAAGAUUAACGGGAGAUGAGGCCCCUCAAUUUGCUGUCUGUAUGUCUAGAUGUUACUGGUAGAUUGAUCAAGAUGAAACUUGAGGUACCAGGCAGGUACAGUGUCUUUAAGAGACUUGGGUUGAACUGCGGGGACUUCUGAUUGAGCAAAGUUUCAUGUAAAAGCAGAAAAAAGAGGUUCUCUGGUCCGUGUAUUUUAUUGAUAUUGAAGACAGUAGACCUGAACACCCCAACUACCUUGGUUACAUCAGUAGACAACCGGAAUGGGCUUCUUUGCCUAGUAAGAAGUAAUUGUUUAAAAGUUAGUUAGAGCUGGACAAGUACAAUGUGCUGUGCGGUGUAACAACAUGCUCAGCUGGCUGGCUAGGUAAAACAAUGGAAAUAAAUCAAUCUUAUUAGGAUAUGGUUACCAUGGUUACAGUAAAGUGACGUAUAAAAAUACUUCUUAAUCAUGAAUGUUUACAAACUUUCUCAAACACAGAUGGAAACUGCUGAAGAUAAUAUAAGUAAAAGUGGGCGUCUGACAGCUACUACACUCCCCUGCUUACAUGUUGACAAAACGUCAAUACAAUGCGAAUUCAUGGUAAACAUGAAACAUAUACAAUAAUGUUUCCCAAAAUAUGUACAUAGAAAAAUGUAUGAUUAUAACUGUAAAUUAUGAGCACCACUGUUCAUCAAAUGAAAUUCCAUCUCAGAUUUCAUCACUUCUGGACAGACUCUGAUAGCUGAUGAACCAGAAGUAACUGUAUCCUAGUGAUGUUGGCGAUCAGAGAUGGAUCCAACUGCUUUGUUGUGCUGCUGCUAUAAGCAGGAGAAGUGACCUUGGUGAGUUAAGAGGGUUGGGUGUUUUCCAGCUGUUGUCCUGGUGGAUCUCCAUGUUGUCUCCAACUCAGAAGCUUCUGCCGCUUUUCCUCCCCUGCUUCAUAUGAAGCAUUACUCUCAGACUCUUUAUCAUCUUGAAGUUCCGGUGAUGUGUCUUCUUCACCAAGAGGAGUGGUCGGGUAGCCUAGUGGUUAAAGCGUUCGCUCGUCACGUCGAAGACCCGGGUUUGAUUCCCGACAUGGGUAAAAUUUUUGAAGGCCAUUUCUGGUAUCCCCAGCCAUGAUAUUGAUGGAAUAUUGCUAAAAGCGGCUUAAAACCAUACUCACACACUCGCUCACUCACUCUCUUCACCAAGAACGUCUAAAGCUGGAGCUUCAUCCAGACCCACAGACUCUACAUCAUCUGUGUUCUGUUGCACUUUCCCGCUCUUGGUUUGUUUCGACACCAAGGAUUUUACUAAAGAUAUGUAUAUCAUAUUCACUUUCAAUUUCAUCAUUGUCUUCUUCGCUGCUCAGCUCCACGUGAUCAGGGCACAGUUGUACAAACUGAUCUUAGUGCCAAGGUGAUCGUAACUCCCAUACAUAACAUAGACUUACAACAACCGUAGCGCUAAGGUUGUUUUGUACAACGGCACCCUGGUAGUUAACUGACACCGUUCCUGUUCAUGUUCUCUGUGGAUGUCAUCCACUGGCGUUAGUGAUCCAGGAACUCUUUUCCGUGUACAUCUUCCUGAGGCAAGGAAGUUAAGUAACUAUAAAAGUCCCGUUUUAAACCCUUGCCGAACUGGGUUGGAAUUCUGUGCAAUUCGUAGCAACAACAGUGGCUACUACGAGUUAUAUCCCUUUCAUGUCCCUCCUACUGGCCAAUCAGAUUCCACCUCUCAUAUCACUUGCAUUUUCUUCAAACAAAAUGGUGCCGCCAAGUCAAUACAAUCUGAUUAAUAAUCAAGAUCUAUAUUGUAAUAAAAGGGGUCUUACCUUGCGAAGUGCAUCAAAUUACUGGAGAACCUUGAUUGAAAACAUAAAAAGAUUUGAAAAAUAUCUCAACUUCCUACACAUGCUUAGCUAAUCCUGCAAUUGACUGAAAUCUGCACUGCAGUUUGCAAACCAAAUGUCGAUUUCGUUACAUGAUUUUGAUUGCAUAGAUUUGUUAGUCCAGCCAAAAUAUUACUCCAUAAUUCCAGCCUUGUUCAGCAAGGAUGGAAACUGGACUUGUAUAGUUAACCCCUUGCUUUGGGAAGAUGUUCUGUGUAUUGUUUUCUGACUUCCUCCCCUUGUAGUGGCUGAAUGACAUUUUCAUUGAGUAUUUUCUUUACCACUACUUUGUAUGAUGUUUGGCUCCAUACAUCUUGAAUCUUGUUCCGGCCUUUGGGGUGGUUUCUGAGGAAGACUCUUGCUCCUAUGGUGAGUUCUUUGUCCUUGGAACUCCAUACUGUACUUGACCAACGUACAAUCUACCCUGGCUAUAACAUCAACAUUUGUCCGGGAAGAUUUGGGUGUUAUAACCUGGGUGGCAAAUUAACCAGGGAAGCCAUUAUAAUCAGUCAAAACCAAGUCAUAUAUGAAUACAUGUACAUUUAAUAACUCAGUGUAGUGUAGGGAGAUCUUUAUUCAUUCAACAAGUACAUACAUAUGUAAUAGAAAAUAAAUAAGUUUUAGUCUGUUUUCAGUCGUACAAAUGGGUAUCUCUCAUACUCUCACGUCUAGUCGCACGUUUAAAAGGAAGCCAGAAGCUGGAAUGUAAACAUUAAACUUGUUUCUGUCCAGUUGCGCAUGGACCUGCCUAUGAUAUGUCACAAAUCUCGAAGAAUAAGCCAUCAAGCAGGACUGGACUGGAUUACUUCCCUGUGGGGAUGGCUGAGUGGGAAAGUAUGACUGAAAACAGACCAAUAAAACAUUGUUUUUAAUCUGAAAAACCCAUUAUUCAUAUUAUGUGUGCACUAGAUGAACACUGUGAUGCUACUGUCAUCCUGGCAUUCGUUGUGGCUCAAAGAAGUGACACGUUGUUGUUUGUUGGCAGGUGAUAAGAAAGUAAGUGUGUCAAUAAUAUCUGCACACAUUUUCAUAUUACAGGAAACCACGAAAGUAUGUGGCCACUUGGUGAAUUGAAAAAAUGGCGGGAAACAACAAUACGCCUGUAAAUUAAUGUGACUAGAGCCAUAAACAAGAGAUAAACAUUACCAAUUAUGAAUGGGAAGACCCCCAAGGUAACAAACCAUAAACAAAAUAGCAGCAUACGAUGAAUGUAGAAACACACAAAGUAUAGAACAAAGUGCUUUAAUUUUCAAAGUAUGUCCGUCUGUGGAGAUGACAAAGCAGUUAUGUGUUUUGAUGUGACGUCACAACUUUUUGUCUUAUGCCAACUUGGCAAGGGUGCUUCUUCUUCUGGUUGGAACAACUUUUCUUCAGCAGCUGGAUCUCGCACAGUUCGUCUUUCUGUCAAAAAACUGCAAUAAAUGCAGGAUAGGUAUACAAAUGUACAAAAUAUUCAGAUUUGACUAAAUCUCUUGCCAUAAAGGGCCACAUACACCUACUGUGCAACGAGGAAAAUGUCCUAGUAGAACACUGAUGUCCAUGGUCAUCAUGCACUGACUUCUACACCUUUGUCUUCAAGCAAUCGCGUAGUAAGAGCUGCUUGACUACUGUUGCCUUUUCCUGUAUCUGUCAAUACAGGACAUCUUUGCCCUCCGCUAUCUGAUUCCAGAACUGGACCAAUCCCCAUGUCCCAGAGUGUUCUCUGAGAAGUUGAUGCUUAGAUAGCUUUAAGUCUUUGUCCCGGUAAUUUCUAAUUUUGCCAAUGUAGUUUUCCUCCAUCUGUAAUUUGGAUAUAUCCUCCAGUGACAGUGAGGGCAUGUGAGUGGCCAUCAUAGGAACUUCUCUCAUCAUUGUCUGGAAUACUCCUACCCACAUUUCAGUGAUGAUUUGUGCAGAAGACAUUAAGUCACCCAGGAGUUGUGCGGAGGUAUUUUUCUGCUGAGGGGUCUCUAUUCUUGUUUUGUUUUCCAGAACGAUGACGGAUAGUGAGGUUAAAUUGUGCCAGUUCUCCAACCCAUCUGAUCUCUGUAUCUCCAAGCUUGGCAGUUGUUUGUAUGUAAGCUGAGAGGGUCAUAGUCUGUCAGCAACAGGCAUUCUGUUCCAAGCAAGAGAUCUCUGUAUGUUUUACCUUACCUGAUGCUAUACCUAUAGCACUGUGUAGCACUGUGCAGCGUCAGGUUAGAAUAAAUACAUUGCAUGCUCAUGUUUUACCUUACCUGACGCUACACCUAUAGCACUGUGUAGCACUGUGCAGCAUCAGGUAAGAAUAAAUACAUUGCAUUCUCAUGUUUUUCCUUACCUGAUGCUACCUAGUGCUACACAGUGCUAUAGGUGUAGCGUAUAAAAGUAUCAAUUUCCUAUCAAUUUCUCCCUUGGCAACUGGAAUAUGGUUGAAACCAUGUGCCAGGUCCAGGCUGCAAAAGUCCUUUGCAUCUUUCAAUAGAUCUAAUUCUUCUUCAUUCCUGGGCAGAGGAUAGGCAUCUUUGUGUGUCUUCGCAUUUAAUUAGAAAUGCUCAUUUUUCUGAGACAGCCCAUUUGAGUGCUAAUAAUUCCUACUUCUUGCUGUAAAUGUUCAGCUGACUGACCCACUCCUCUACUGGACCGUCAGGGGCGGCCACCUUCGUCAGUUGUCUACAAGAAGGACAUGGAAUGGACUUGUCUUGUAUUGCAUCAGACUGUGUGUUGGUCUAUUUCAGCAGACAGGAGUUACAGAAUGUUUGAUUACACUGAAGUGUGGCAGGAUCUGUGAACACCUGUACAGAUGACACAGGUGAGGUGAUUGUCUGUCAGUUUCUUAGCGGUCGCCAUCUGAGGUAAAGCCAUAAACCUAGGUGAGGUGGUUGUCUGUCAGUUUCUUAGCGAUCGCCAUCUGAAGUAAAGCCAUAAACUUAGGUGAGGUGGUUGUCUGUCAGUUUCUUAGCGAUCGCCAUCUGAAGUAAAGCCAUAAACUUAGGUGAGGUGAUUGUCUGUCAGUUUCUUAGCGAUCGCCACCUGAAGUAAAGCCAUAAACUUAGGUGAGGUGGUUGUCUGUCAGUUUCUUAGCGAUCGCCACCUGAAGUAAAGCCAUAAACUUAGGUGAGGUGGUUGUCUGUCAGUUUCUUAGCGAUCGCCACCUGAAGUAAAGCCAUAAACUUAGAUGAGGUGGUUGUCUGUCAGUUUCUUAGCGAUCGCCAUCUGAAGUAAAGCCAUAAACUUAGGUGAGGUGGUUGUCUGUCAGUUUCUUAGCGAUCGCCACCUGAAGUAAAGCCAUAAACUUAGGUGAGGUGGUUGUCUGUCAGUUUCUUAGCGAUCGCCAUCUGAAGUAAAGCCAUAAACUUUCCCUUGUUCUUGUUCUUUUGAAAGGGCAGUUCCUAUCCCAGAAAGCCGGCAUCCACCUCCAAAAUAUAUUGCCUCGUAAAGUCUAAGUCAGGCGCUGAAGUGAGAAUGGUUUUCAGUUCCUAAAAGGCUUUGUCGCAGGAGGCAUCCCAUUCACUGAUCCCAAGUCUUAAAGUUUAUUUACUUUCUCCUCUUCCCAUGUCUUUUAAAGUUUAUGCCUUGCAGGAGUGCAUGUAGUGAUGCAGCUAUAGUGGUGAAAUCCCACACAAACCUCCUAUAGUAAGCUGCCAAUCCAAGAAAUCCUCUUACUUUUUUUCGGCUAUUUGUUAAUAGAUUAUUAAUGCUAAGGCCCAAAUGGCAGAAACGUCACUACCCAACCACAGCUGCGGGUCUAAAUGGGAGCGAACGCCGCCAGGCCAAAUUUAAUUAUUAAUAUAUACUUAAUGCUACGGCCCAAAUGACGGAAACGACGCAACCCGACCAACGCUGCGGGUCUAAAUGGGAGCGAACGCCGCCAGGCCCAGCUAUGUUACUAGAUUCCCGAGUGAAAACCCGGGAAAGACUGGGUUCCAAAUGGUAAGAAGGUAACCCAGCCUGGGUUCCCGCUGGAAAGCAGGUAACCGGAAACCCUAAUUAGUAUAUAUAUCAAUAUAAAUUAUGAUGAUAUAGGAGGUAGCCCAGAAGAACCACGCCACUUAGCACCAAAGUGCUACCCCACACCCCACGGCCGCGGAUGAUGAUACGCAUGCCCGCCAUGAUUGCCUCAUAAAUAAGAUGUCUUACCUUCAUAAUUACCUACUUGCAAAUUGGGACCAAGGCACUAUCGAUAUCCUUGACGAAAGCUUGAAUCCCUUUAAAACUAAGGUGGAUUCCCUCCCACUGGAACCAGGAUUGGUCAGUGGCCACUAUUUUGGGAUGGGAGAUAAAUGAGAAUUUAGGAAGGUCGCGGAGACGAUUGGCUAACCUUACGUGGGUCGCGUGCGGAGUGCCAGUAUCUACGUUGUAGGAUGCUGGAAAAACAGACAUGGGUAUCUGGUAGGUGCGCCUGGAUCCGCAUGAUCGAGGUCUCCAUAUUGAGGAGGAGCUGGCUGGUCUUUGUGGAGCCCAAGUCGUUAGAUCCCAGGUGUAUUACCACAGCUGAAGGGCUGCGCCGCGUUGCCUCCACCUGAGCAUUGAUUGUUGCCUGUGCGCCGGUCAGUCCAAAGGGCUUCCUUGUCUAUUCCUAAAGUCUGCUUGUACCUAUCCAAAGAAUAGUCUUUCUCCCUCGGCAACUGGAAUAUGGUUUAAACCAUGUGCCAGGUCCAGGCUACGUGUCAUCUUUGCAUGUUUUCGCUUUUAAAGCGCAGUCGUCGUACCAGAUUACCAUUACUCUUGCCGACAAGGACCACUGGCGAGGCAUUAGGACUUGAAGAUGCCCUUAUGAUCCCAGACUCUUGUACCUUUGCGAGAUAUUCUUUGACUUACAGGGUUACAUUCUUGUGCCUAACUGCAUCGCAAAAUCCGAUGACUUCAUCGCAAAAGCUAAAAGUGUUGUGAUGUUUGAAAACAACUUCAAGCAAAUUUCAUGAUACUGGUUGCUGAUGUUCUUGUCCAGAUCCAUCUUUUACAUGAUAUGGGUGGCAAAAUAUAUUAUUCCAUAUCCUGUACACAGAUGAACCGGUACAAGCUAAAAUAAAUAAACAAUAACACUCAUAAGUAAAAGUGUAAACAAACAAACAAAACAAUAACAAAUAAAUCAAAUUAACAAAAAAUAAACUUACCUUUAAAUUAUCAAUGUAAUAGUGAAAAUGCACCUUUAAAUUACACCACCGUCCCCGUUACCCCCAGAUCAUUUGUACUUACCCCUCGCAUGCCAGUAAAGCUCUGAGAAGUAUCUUGGGCCAUCCGUUAGCCUAGCAUAUCCAGUAUGUUGUUGAGUUGGCUCGAUAUAGCUAGCAUCGACCAAAACGGGCGACACUACUUGUUGGGGCUCUUCGAUGUUGUCUCCGUGAUCGACUCGCUGGAGAACGUUUGAAUUGUCCGAAUCAUCUGCUUCAACUAGCAAAUUAGCGGCUAUUUGUACAUUUGGCAAGGGGGUCCAUGCAAUGGAGAUCUAGCUGAUCUCCGUGACUUACCAGUAGCCGAUGGGACCAAGGCAUUAUCGAUAUCCUUGACGAAAACUUGAAUCCCUUUAAAACUAAGGUGGAUUCCCUCCCACUGGAACCAGGAUUGGUCAGUGGCCACUAUUUUGGGAUGGGAGAUAAAUGAGAAUUUAGGAAGGUCGCGGAGACGAUUGGCUAACCUUACGUGGGUCGCGUUCGGAGUGCCAGUAUCUACGUUGUAGGAUGCCGGAAAAACAGACAUGGGUAUCUGGUAGGUGCGCCUGGAUCCGCAUGAUCGAGGUCUCCAUAUUGAGGAGGAGCUGGCUGGUCUUUGUGGAGCCCAAGUCGUUAGAUCCCAGGUGUAUUACCACAGCUGAAGGGCUGCACCGCGUUGCCUUCACCUGAGCAUUGAUUGUUGCCUGUGCGCCGGUCAGU